AUGGCUGGAGUGAUGGAGUCCAAGAAUGAGCAAAGUUUCCAAACUGUUAAUUCUUGGAGGAAGAAGAAGGAACAAAAACAAUUCCGUAAACUCUUUAUUGGUGGCUUGAGCUCUGAAACCACAGAAGAAAGUCUGAGGAACUACUACAAGCAGUGGGGAAAGCUUACAAGCUGUGAGAUCAUAAGGGACCCUGCAAGCAAAAGAUCAAGAGGGUUUGGUUUUGUCACCUUUUCAUCCAUGGCUGAAGUGGAUGCUGCCAUGGCUGCCAGACCUCAUUCUAUUGAUGGGAAAACAAUUGCCCCCAAACGCGCUGUCCCAAGAGAGGAAUCUGGACAGCGAGAGGUUUUCCUAACUGUGAAGAAGCUGUUUGUUGGUGCAAUUGAAGAUACCGAGGAACAUCAUCUUAGAGAUUACUUUGAGAAAUAUGGAAAAAUCGAUGCCAUUGAGAUAAUUACUGAUAGAGAGUCUGGAAGAAAAAGAGGCUUUGCAUUUGUGACUUUUGAUGACCAUGAUCCCGUGGAUAAGAUUGUGUUGCAGAAAAACCAUACCAUCAACGGCCAUCAUGCAGAAGUAAGAAAGGCCUUUUCUCGACCUAAAAGGCAACAAAUCCAGAGUGUGGAGGAUGACCAGGAAGUGGCAAUUUGGGAGUUAGCCCUGGUUAUGGAGGAAGAAAAGGAGUUUAUGGUGGUGGAAGACUUGGAUAUGGAUUGA